AACUAGCACUCAUCAUCUCUCAUGGGUGUAGCCUGUGUGUGUGGUUUAUAAUAUAUAAUUAUAAAAGUUUGCAUGUGAACACGUUUUUGGUGCUAAAACAUGUCACUAAAACGUAAACGUAUUCCUCUCUCGUUUAUUUUGGUGCAAAUCGCCUCUACACAGUAUCACAACAAACUGAUGUGUUAAAGGAUGACAAAUCUCAAGUUUGGCAAAUGCACGAGGGGACUCAUUCACUCACAGCUGCGCGUGGGACCGGAGCAUAAUCGCGCGCGUUCGUCUGCAUCAUUUAUUAGUGCAUGCAUCGCUCCAUCUUCUUAUUUCAAUGGGCUGCGGUGGGAGUCGAGCAGAUGCUAUUGAACCGCGAUAUCAUGAGAGCUGGACCAGAGAAACCGAAUCGACGUGGCUUACCAACACCGAUGCUGAAAUCCCCAACGGCGUGACUUCCAAGAACCGCGUCGUGCGUGGAGACUCUAGCCAUCUUAUUAAAGACAGUUCAAAACUAUCAGGCAGAGGUAUGGAGGCCAGAUCCUGUGGAGACAGAGGCAGACAGAUGGUUAAUGCAGGAACUCAAUGUGGAAAGCAGGUUUUGACUUCCAGCACCUGCACAAACCAUCAAAAAACAUCCUGCAGUCAUGAGAUAAGUGACUCAAAGAAGACAAUGCACAAGGAGGAAACUACUCAUUCUGAAGGGGUUUCAUCUAAUGCUGCAUCUAACCCAGACGAGCCAUGAGGGGAAAACAACUCCAUUUUUGUCUGAUACAGAGGAUACACUCUGAAACCCAGAGGAGUUCAGCGAUGUGGAUUAUGGGCUAUAUAAGAAACCAUAAGCUGUAAAGAGAAAUAGAGCUUCACAAGAGAUGAUAUCUUAUUAAUGCACACUUAGCCUAUAGAAAUAUGCUUUGCUUUACUUUGUUGCAAAACUGGGUUAAAAAGAUGCAUCUGAUCAUUAGCAUGGCAAAUAUAGAUUAUAGUCAACUCCUCACAGGAGUUACUGAGCAAAGCACAUUCAUAAUUUUAAUAAAUUCAAGUUCAUGAAAUAAAAAGGAGUUAUUGCUAGGGUUAUUGCAAGGCUAAUUAAUAUUUUUGUCAUGCCUAAAUACUUUUAAAAACAUAACAACAAUUCUAAUUGAUUGGUAGGUUAAUAUUAUGGCCCUCUUUUUAUUUAUGUUUUUUGGUCAUUCCAAAAAUAAGUAAUUAUUCCAUUUUAAUUUAUUUAAGUUAAAAUUUAUUUUAUUUAGUGUGACAAAUGUUUUUUUUUACCCUGCUUUAUUUAUCAUGGACAGCCAAGUGCUGUAAAAUCACUGAAACCACUAGAUGGAGCAGUUUAUCUUACAUUUCAAUUGCACAGGCACUUGAGACAUUACCUGUGCAUAGUUUUACCAGAUCUUAAUGCUGUUUUUGUUUUAUAGAAAUGUUUAACUUAUCCCAAAACUAUGUUAAUUAAUGUCAAGUACAAAAUGUUGUUACCUCUAGCAAUAUGUAUGAUGCAACAUUGUGAAUUUUAUUUAAAUUCUACUGUCCAACACAAUAAUUAUGCCAUCCCUUAUCAUCCUCACAUCACAACAAUUAAAAUUCAAAAUGGUAAACAUGUAGGAAAUGUUUUUAUGAUUCAUAACAGCAAAUCAAAUACCAAAUAUAGAAAUGCAUUAACACAGUUUACUCUGAAAACAUAUCUGACACAUUGUGUAGUCACCUUCACACUCCAGGGACAGAGGCUGCAAAUUAGUAUGUGCAGAGCAUCUGCUGCAUGAAAUGUAAUGUUAUUCUUUGUCAAUGUCCAGGAAAAUAAAUAAAUAGAUAAAUAAAACAAAUGGGGCAUAUUUAAGUCUCUACUGAUUUUUGCAAUAUGCUAUUUGUUGCUCU